UGCUACCUCACAGUAGGCUUUCACCUUCAGCUGAACAACCCAUGUAGGACUGAUAUCUUCCUUGGAUUAUUUGGAUCCCAUUAUAUAAGAUAAACCAUAAAUGAGAAGAGUGGUGAAAGGAGUUGUCAAUUCCUGCUCCUAGGAGGAAAAGCUCUGGUUUAUCAAUCAGGUUACCUAUCAGAGUAUUCCAAGGAUGCUGCUAAAGUAGCCCUGGACAUCUCCCUCCUCCUCUGCCUGAUUCCUGAUUACUAUGGGCUGCAUAAAGUCAAAGCAAACUUUCCCUUUUCCAAACACAAUCUCAACUGAGAAGAGACAAGAAAAUGAGGAGAGAUUUCUAACCGAAAAGCCUUCGAUGGUUUCUGUCAGAACAGAGGUCGUGAAGGAUUCUUCCGCCAGGGUGGUGGUGUUGGAGUAUGCCCAUCGUCUGUCCCAGGAAAUCAUGGAUGAAGCGGUGAAGCAGUGGGCGGCCAAUGACAGCAGGUAUGGGGACAUCCCAUACAUUGAGAAUGAGGCAGUGCCCUGAGGCUCCCUGGCUCACUCUAGAAUGGAUGACUCUGUGAAACUAUAGGUUUAAACAGUGUACAUUGGUGCUAGUCCAAAUACAGAAGAAAGCAAAAACUGGUGUAAUUAAGUACAUAGAACUCCAGCUGUAUGUAAAAUAUCUUUUAUGUUGGUACCAAAGUUGCUCUGAUGGAAGAGUAAGGUACUUUAUAAAUGAAACAUCUGUUGUGAUCAGCACUAGGUCAAGAAUGUUUGUUUUCUGCUUUGUUUGCCUUCAUUGUAGUCUGAUGUAGCUUAAAUGGCCACAUGGGGUCUUGUAGCACUGAUGCAUUUUAUCUGGCUGCUCUCCUACAAUCAUGAGACAAGCCUGUCACUCCAUGCAGCAUCGCCAAAGAAUGAAAAACAUCACUGUUCAUGCCUGUUGUUUUUAUGUAUGCUUUUAGCUCUACUAUUUAAUGAUGCUUGACCGUUGCACAGGCAAAGAUCAUCAAUAUGAAAGGGUAGGUUCCCAUAACAACACCACAUUUGGGGCUGGUUAGAGCAAGAAUGCCCCUUUUGCCAUUCAUGGGCAGCCUUUGUUUGUCCAGAAAUAGACAGCUAAAGAGAACCUAUGUGCUUUUUUCAUCAUGAGAAAAUAGUGAUGCUUGAAUUUUUGAAGAGGCCCUUAAGGAUUUCCCUUAACAAAACUUAUCAAAUACACUAAAGAAAAGCACUUAACUUUUCAAUGGCAGAGUUAAACUACCAUAUUCCUUAUGAUGCAUACCCCAUACCCCCAGGUCAUCAAAUCACUUGGACUCCCUAAGUAUAUUUCGAAUCCUAAAAUGUUGGUAAACAUCAAAUCUGAGGUGAUCGUAAAUGCUAAAACUGAAUGAGCAGGUGCUUAUACCACCCCCAGCUGGAGGGCACCAGUCUUGAUGUUGAAUUUGCAUUAAGUUUUCAAUGUCUGCCAAGGCAGGCAGACUUCCUUCAUCUUCCCCCUAGAGCCCUGCCUAAUUGCUGUUCUAGCAGCUUCUGUUGAGUCUAGAAAUCAAGGAAAUUCCCAAAGGGAUUAUGGUUGGCUAGCGUAAUAAAUGAGAUGUUAAGCAUUGAGAGCUUAAAUCUUUAAAAACAAACCAACAAAAAACCCAUUAAGCUCUGUUUCCUCCUCACUACCUUGCCUACAAAGCUAGCCUGCAUGUGUGCCAGGUGGGCCCAGUAAUUUGUUUCAGAGAAUAUAUGAGUUUAUCUUAUGGAGUGUGUUUGAUUACAGCUGUCAGCAUAAAUGAACACGUUUCCUCUACUUAAAAGAGUAGAGUAUGGGGGACUUAGAGACAUAAGUUAUAGCAUCAUUCGCCUAAGCUGAUGUGGUAUGUUUGGGUGCCUUGCAACUGUUUCCUUCUGUCACUUUCACAGACCUGGUUCUGAAAACUAAAAUCCUGAUGAGUGAACACCUUAUGGCAAAACCCUCGAAGACUUUUCCAAGGGAGCAGCUACCAAAAACUUAACAAGAAAACUUCAGAAUGAAUCAUUUAUUUGUAUGGUCAUACCCAUGGAGUCUAAACUGGAGCCGACUCCAGUGUUCAGAGUACUAGCUUGUUAGCAAGUUUAUUCCCUGUUCAGUUUCAUGGGGAUGGGGGAGGGCAUGGAGGGUCUCUUUAAGCACAUAUUUUUCAGGCCAUUUGUUUAAAGCAUUGUAAUAAAAACUGGGUAUGAAUUCUAGGACUAACCAUAGAGGAGUAGAUAAGGUCCAUGCUUUACUGCAAUCUAGCACUGAAAUGAGCCAUGCAGACCUGCUGUUAGUGUUCCCACAGUUUCCAUUUCCCUCAUCCAAAAAGUCUAAAGAGAAGGAAAGGGAGGAUAUAGCAUAUAAAUAAGGAUAUAUGUAUCCUGCAUUGCAAAGCAGCCAAAAAAAAAAAAA